AUGAACAGCUUGUCGGAUCACCCGGUCAAUUCACAGCCUGGCUUGAGGAGCGGAUGUGGCGGCGCCUCGGGACAUCCGUACUUGCAGCAAGAUCUUCCCAUCGACGCCAGUGGCGCGUUGGUCACGUCGGGCAUGCCGACAAGGGCCCUGCCGGCGCUCGACCGCCUUGAUCCGUCCUGCAGCGGCAUGAAGCGGCUAGGCUGGCUUGCACCUGCCAGUCGGGUUCUCUUGCCGUCGAGUCUUCGCGUCGACGCCCUCGAGCCCCCGACACGACGAGCUUCGAGCAAACUCAAAACACAGCCAGGCCAGCCCGCGGCGGAUUUCGAUAAAAACCCGGGAGAAAUCAGCAAUUACUCGCGGACGGGCCCGACACGCGACACGCUGAUUUGCAUGGCCACCUCAGCGGCGAAAUUCGAGCUCCACACCUCUUUGGCUCUGCACACCACCACCUCGAAAUCCACCGAUUCGACAAUCCAUCCAUCCGCUCACAUCUGCGACGCCAUCCCAUCCCACCACCGAUCGUACCGACCAUCCAGCUUAUUUGAAACAUGUGAGUAUCCGCGCUCUUCCGAUAUCCGCGGCGACAUCCUCCCGCCAUCCAUCCGCAAUCCCUCGGUUCAUACGCCGGCCGUGCUCGCGAUCGUCCCAGCGCCGAUCUUGGUCACCGCUCGGCUGCAGUUCUGGCGCCAGAGAUCUCCUUCCGCCUGUCUGGAUCCUGCGUCAUGCCAUCCAUCCACCCAGCAUCGACGCGUCGAAGCGGCGAAGGCAGCUCGGGCGACGCGUCGCUGGUCCAAGCGAGUCCGUUGGAGCCCGUUGCGCGAGCUCGUUGUCGCUCUGACGCGUCCGAGUCCCCACAGGAACGUUGGCGGCCAAGCAAGGCUGAUAUCAGCGACUCAGUCUCCAUGCCCGGUUGUUGUCACCUCGUGGCUCGGAUCGACGCAGUUCCCUGUCGGUCGUAUCCACCGUCACCUCAAGAACCGCACGCAGAACCACGUCCGCAUCGGUUCCAAGGCCGCCGUCUACACCUCGGCGAUCCUGGAGUACCUCACCGCCGAGGUGCUCGAACUUGCAGGCAAUGCAUCGAAGGACCUGCGCGUGAAGCGCAUCACGCCGCGACACUUGCAGCUGGCGAUUCGAGGAGACGAGGAGCUCGACUCGCUGGUGCGCGCCACGAUUGCCGGAGGUGGUGUCCUGCCGCACAUUCACAAGACGCUCAUCAAGGCGCCAAGCAAAAAGAAGGCUUCGGCAGCGGAGUAG